CACGUCGUGGCGUUUCCACGCUAAGCCCAAAUUGCUACGGGUCUCGUUGAAGCACGUCAAAGAGAUUCCACCACCUGAACGUGCUCCCUCUCCCCUUUGCAAAACCUUCCGUCCAUCAAUCUAUUCCGCAGUUGUAUCAACGCAAACAUCGCGGCGCGUUAAUCCAGCAUCGAAAUUGGCUCUGACAGCUUCUUCCAAGCUGAGCCAUUGCCCCGAUCGAUAUCGAUAGAUUGAGUCGUUGGACGCGUCUUGCUGGCGCUGGUCGCGUUAAUAGGUUCAAGGGAACAAACUCUUCGCCAUGGCGCCUAUUCUCCCACACAACGGCGCUGAUCCGGACGCGUCAAUGUCCGAAGCUCCUGAUCACAGCCGCAUAGACGAAAUGGACAUUGAUACACCCGACUAUACCGAUUCCGAUACGAAUCCCAACACGACUGCCAGCAGCAUUGCGGGCGAUCAUCUCACUGCCGAUGGAAGAAAACGACGCUCAGAAGCUAAUCAGCUUCGUCGCAGCAUCUUCGGCCGAAAGCAUGAUCGCCUUGGUGAAUCCAAGGAAGAUGAUAGCAUCCGAAGAUUCCGCUACUUGCUCGGACUAACCGAUUUGUUCCGUCAUUUCAUCGAAACCAACCCCAACCCCAAGAUCCGCGAAAUCAUGGAAGAGAUUGAUCGCCAGAAUGCCGAAGCUGCUGGCAGCAAGAAGUCCUCCAAGAGACAAGGCGGCGCCACUAGUGACCGACGUCGACGUACCGAGGCUGAAGAAGAUGCUGAACUCCUCAAAGACGAGAAGCAUGGUGGCUCAGCAGACACCGUGUUCAGAGAAUCACCCUCCUUCAUCCAGGGCACCAUGAGAGACUACCAGGUCGCUGGUCUUAACUGGCUAAUCUCACUCCACGAGAAUGGUAUCUCUGGUAUUCUCGCUGAUGAGAUGGGUCUCGGAAAAACCCUACAGACUAUCUCAUUUAUGGGCUACUUGCGACACAUCAUCGGCAUCACUGGCCCUCACUUGGUUAUUGUUCCUAAAUCUACUCUUGAUAACUGGAAGCGAGAAUUUGCCAAGUGGACGCCCGAAGUUAACGUUUUGGUUCUGCAGGGAGCCAAGGAAGAACGUCAUGAGCUUAUCAACGAGCGACUGGUUGAUGAGAAGUUUGACGUCUGCAUCACGAGUUACGAAAUGGUUCUCCGUGAGAAGUCCCACCUCAAGAAAUUUGCGUGGGAGUACAUUAUCAUUGAUGAGGCUCACCGUAUCAAAAACGAAGAAUCCUCCCUAUCACAAGUCAUUCGACUAUUCAACUCCCGCAACCGUCUGUUGAUUACCGGUACACCCCUCCAGAACAACCUGCACGAACUCUGGGCGCUACUCAACUUCUUACUCCCGGAUGUCUUUGGUGAUUCGGAAGCCUUCGAUCAGUGGUUCUCUGGACAGGACCGUGACCAGGACACUGUUGUUCAACAGCUCCAUAGAGUUUUGCGUCCCUUCUUGCUCCGACGAGUCAAGAGUGAUGUUGAGAAGAGUUUGCUUCCCAAGAAGGAGGUCAACCUCUACUUGGGCAUGUCUGACAUGCAAAUCAAGUGGUACCAAAAGAUCCUGGAGAAGGAUAUUGACGCCGUCAACGGCGCUGGUGGUAAGCGCGAGUCGAAGACGAGACUUCUCAACAUUGUCAUGCAGCUACGAAAGUGUUGCAACCACCCUUACCUUUUCGAGGGUGCCGAACCCGGCCCGCCUUACACCACAGACGAGCACAUCAUUUACAAUGCAGGAAAGAUGGCUGUUCUAGAUAAGCUACUUGCCCGCAUGCAAAAGCAAGGCAGCCGAGUCCUCAUCUUUUCGCAAAUGAGCCGUCUUCUUGACAUCUUGGAAGAUUACUGUGUUUUCCGCAACUACCAAUACUGCAGAAUCGAUGGUAGUACCGCCCACGAAGACCGUAUUGCCGCAAUUGACGAAUAUAACAAGCCUGGUUCAGAGAAGUUCGUCUUCCUUCUCACGACGCGAGCUGGUGGUUUGGGUAUCAACCUGACAACUGCCGAUAUUGUUGUCCUCUAUGAUAGCGAUUGGAACCCACAGGCCGAUUUGCAAGCUAUGGAUCGUGCCCAUCGUAUUGGUCAGACGAAGCAGGUGGUUGUCUACCGCUUCGUGACAGAUAAUGCAAUUGAAGAAAAGGUCCUCGAGCGUGCGGCGCAAAAGCUGCGCUUGGAUCAGCUGGUUAUUCAACAAGGUCGAGCCCAACAAGGCGCAAAAGCUGCUGCAAACAAGGAUGAGCUGUUGUCCAUGAUUCAACAUGGUGCUGAGACCGUUUUCCAAACCAAGGCUUCCACCGGAUCCGCCGCUAAUGGAGGAGAUUUGGAUGACGAUGACAUUGAAGCCAUUUUGAGCAAGGGUGAAUCAAGAACAAAGGAACUUAAUGCCAAGUACGAAAAGCUGGGCAUUGACGAUUUGCAAAAAUUCAGCUCUGAAUCCGCUUACGAGUGGAACGGCGAGAACUUUGCCAACACCAAGAAAGACAUUGGUAUGAACUGGAUCAACCCGGCCAAGCGUGAACGCAAGGAGCAGUCUUAUUCCAUGGACAAGUACUUCCGACAGGCCAUGUACCCCAACCCCAAGUCAGACAAGCCGAAGGCUCCUCGUGCACCUAAGCAGGUACAUAUCCAGGAUCAUCAGUUUUACCCUGACCGUCUCCGCGAGUUGCAAGAGCGCGAGACUGCCUUCUACCGCAAGGAAAUCGGCUACAAGGUCCCCAUCACCGAUGGCGAAGAUGAUACGUUGUCUGAGCGAGAGGCAGAGCGAGCUCUUGACCAACAAGAAAUCGAUAAUGCCACUGCACUGACAGAAGAAGAGCGUGAGGAGAAGGAAGAACUCUCUACCCAAGGCUUUGGUCAUUGGAGCCGUCGUGACUUCCAGCAGUUUAUCAAUGGCUCUGGCAAGUUUGGACGCAAGGAUUACGCCGGUAUUGCUACAGAAAUGGGCAGCAAGGAGGCGGACGAGGUCAAAACAUACGCUGCUGUCUUUUGGCAGCGCUACACGGAAAUCACGGAUUACACAAAGCAUCUCAAGGUCAUUGAGGACGGUGAAGAGCGCACCCGCCGUAUUGAGCAACAGCGAAAGCUUCUCCGCAAGAAGAUGCAACAAUAUCGCGUCCCCCUGCAGCAGCUCAAGAUCAACUACUCGGUGUCCACCACAAACAAGAAGGUGUACACGGAAGAAGAAGAUCGUUUCUUGCUUGUCCUGCUCGAUCGUUACGGCAUCGACUCUGAGGGCCUGUAUGAGAAGAUGCGCGAUGACAUCCGCGACUCGCCACUCUUCCGCUUUGACUGGUUCUUCCUCAGCCGUACACCCGUCGAGUUAUCGCGUCGAUGCACCACUCUCAUCACUACUAUUGUGAAGGAGUUCGAGGAUACCCCCAAGUCUAACGGCAAGGGCAAGCGUGAGCCUGAUGAUGAUGAUGAUGACGAUAGCGUCCUCGGCAUGGCUCCUGCUAAGAAGAAGUCUAAGAACGGCGUUAAGAACAAGGCUAUUGAUAAUGUGAAGUCGAGCAAGGCUAGCUCUGCUGCUCCAUCGCGCGCCUCGAGCGUUGCCUCUACCGGCUCUGCCAAGGGAAAGAAGAACAAUGUCAACAAGAAAAAGAAAUAGAGGGGCUUAUUUUUAAAUUUAUGAAUGGUGUACGGUAGCUUCUGUCUUGACUCUUUUGAUCAAGCGACUUGUUGUGUGGUUAUUUGGGUCUAUGAUGGAGGAUCUGGUUUGAUUUUCAAAGAGUCUUUGGAAGACCAAUGGACGGGUUUAUUUUUGUUAAUGUUCUGGCCUUGGUUAGACAGACGGCGUUUUUGCUCAAAAUUGAAAUUUACUUAUUUUUUAAACCCUUAUUUGAAUUUU